CACGCGCGCGCACGCAUCCGAGGAGCGCGAGAUGGAGCGAGAGUCAGCGAGCGCGCGGUAGAGAGAGAGAGAGAGAGAGAGAGAGAGAGAGAGAGAGACGGAUGAGGAGAAGAGGAGGAGGAGAAAAGAAGGAGAGACGCGGCGCGUGAAGGUACAGAACGGUGUUCCUCGUCCCUUUUCUCUUCUUUUCUCGCGCUCCGGUGCGCGCGCCUGUGCGUGCGACUGUCCGUGUGCGCGCGCGCGGGCUCGUGAACGCCUGUGUGUGUGUGUGUGUGCGCGCGCGCGCGUGUGUGUGUGUGGUGUACGGUCGUCGCGUGGCUGUAACGGACGCAGCAGCAGCAGCAGCAGGAGGAAGAGGAGGAUGAGUCCGCUGAUGAAGAUAAGGAUGAAGAGGCUGAUGAUGAUGAUGAUGAUGAUGAUGAUGGUGUGAUGCAGUAACAGAAGGCUGAAGACUGAGGAUCUUGCCGUCGGCGAAUCAGCAGCAGCGCUGGUGAAAAUGAACAUUUAAAGAAGCUCUCGCGCUCUCCUGUCGCUCUGCUGCUGACGAAUCGACUUUUUUUUUUUUUUUAAAGGGGGUGGGACAUGACUCAUCUGCCAUGUGGGCUGCCAUGGUGACAGGCCUCUCCAGCCCCUCCCCCCUCCUUUGGUUGGUCCAGCUGCUGUUAUGGCCACAUCUCAGUGGACCCAGAUUAGCUGAGGCCAGUCCCCCUUGCCCCGCCCCCUGUAGCUGCUCCAAUCAGGCGAGUCGAGUGAUUUGCACCAGGAAGGGCUUGGAUGAAGUUCCACAGAGUAUCUCAGUCAACACGCGAUACCUCAACCUGCAGGAGAACUCCAUACAGCUGAUCAAGUCAGACACCUUUAAGCACCUGAGUCACCUGGAGAUUUUGCAGUUGUCCAAGAAUCACAUCCGCCAGAUCGAAGUCGGAGCGUUUAAUGGGCUGCCCAACCUCAUCACGCUCGAGCUGUUUGACAACCGGCUGCCACUGGUGCCAUCGCAAGCCUUCGAGUACCUCAGCAAACUUCGAGAACUCUGGUUGCGAAACAAUCCCAUUGAGACCCUCCCGGCCUACGCCUUCCACCGCGUCCCGUCCCUGCGACGGUUGGACCUGGGCGAACUGCGUAAGCUCAGCUUCAUCUCGGAGGCUGCAUUCGAGGGUUUGGUGAAUUUACGUUUCCUCAACUUGGGAAUGUGUGGGCUAAAGGACGUGCCCAACCUGACACCACUGGUGCGACUGGAAGAGCUGGAGUUAUCUGGGAACCAGCUUGGAGUGGUGCGUCCUGGAUCUUUCCAGGGUCUCGUGUCACUUCGCAAGCUGUGGCUCAUGCACUCCCGUAUAUCCUUAAUCGAGCGCAAUGCUUUUGAUGACCUGAAAAACCUGGAGGAGCUCAAUCUGUCCCACAAUUCUCUUCACUCCCUGCCUCAUGACCUGUUCACGCCCUUGCAGCAGCUGGAGCGGGUACACCUGAACCACAACCCCUGGGUGUGUAACUGUGAUGUUCUGUGGCUUAGCUGGUGGCUGAAGGAGACCGUGCCGGAUAACUCCACUUGCUGUGCCCGCUGCCAUGCUCCUCCCGGAACGAAGGGCCGCUACAUCGGCGACCUGGACCAGAGAGACUUUACCUGCUAUGCACCUGUCAUUGUCGAGCCACCAACUGAUCUAAACGUGACAGAAGGAAUGGCAGCAGAGCUUAAGUGCCGCACUGGGACCUCAAUGACUUCUGUCAACUGGCUGACCCCUAACGGAACCCUAAUGACACACGGCGCCUACAAGGUACGCAUCUCUGUUCUGCACGAUGGAACCCUGAAUUUUACCAAUGUGACCAUGCAGGACACAGGUCCCUACACCUGCAUGGUAACCAACUCUGCUGGAAACACUACGGCGACCGCGGUCCUUAACGUCUCUGCGUCUGAUCCCGGCAACGGAUACAGUUACUUCACCACUGUUACUGUGGAAACAGUUGAAACGGGUCAGGAAGUGCAUGACUCAGCACGGCAAUUCGUCAACGAGACCUUUAUAAGUUUUCCCGGUCCGACGGCCGCGUCUGCUUCGCCGGGUCCUUCGGGAUCUGCGCUUUCCUCCCUCGCACCUCACGCUACCCGUGCUCCCGACCGCCCAUUCACCGUCUCCGUCAUCACUGAUAUGGCCAAUCUGUCGGGCCUAGAGGACGUGAUGAAGACGACAAAGAUCAUCAUCGGCUGCUUCGUGGCCAUCACCUUCAUGGCGGCUGUCAUGCUGGUGGUCUUCUACAAGCUGCGGAAGCAGCACCAGCUGCACAAACAUCACGGUCCUGCCCGUGCGAUUGAGAUCAUCAACGUGGAGGACGAGAUGGGCCCGGCGGGAGGUGCCAGUGGCAUAGCCGGUGGGUCCACGGUGCACUGCAGCGGAGCUGGAACGGGAGGAACCGGACAAAGCCUGCGGAUACACGACCCGGAAAUCGUCACUCUGCCCAACAUCGGCCGAGCCGAUCACGUCAACCACUACUACAAGCCUCACCACUUCAACAACAACGUUCUCGGACUCAGCGUGGGACCGGGACAGUCCGGCGGCAUCCUGAACAACAAGACCAGCCCCACCUCCAAGAAACAGGGCGUCUCCAUGAACACGACGACGGCCGGAUCCUGCGACUCCAACAACCACGGAUCCACCGGAUCUCCGCCUUUACCCAUCCCCAUCCCAAUGGCCAUGGCGUUCCACGGUACGCUGAAGAGCCUAAGCCACACCCCCAGCACUCAGACCGAGCCUCUACUGCUGUCCAACGGGUCCAAGGAGAGUGUGCAGGAGACACAGAUCUAAACACACACACAAAUACACACAAUUACACACAUCUACACACACUUAUAUACACAGACACACACUGAGGCGUGGAGGAGUCUGGUUGGUAUGCCAGCGGGGGAGACGUUGGCGGAGUUUGACAUUGCGGAAGCUUCGUCCCCGACGGCGGACAGACAGACUCAGAGGAUUAUUACGAGUCCCACGGACGACGUUUGUACAGACGGACUGGACACGGCACUGUUGCGUACGGAAAAGUGCCAAAGAAAGCGUCUUUUUUUGCAGUUUCUACAAAGUUGUAUCUGUGUAUAAAAUAUAGUCUAUAUCCAAGUAGCGUAAUUCCCUACGUUUGUCGGUUUGCUACAGACAGACCCCGCCCACACAGGUGAAGAGCGCUUAUAGACCUGUGCGGAUCACGCGCUCACACACACCUGGGGAUGACAUCACUGAUAUCUCUGCCCUCGCAGGUAGUGUGUGUGUGAGAGAGAGAGAGAGAGAGAGAGUGCGAGAGCGCCGGAGUCGAAACGAUUCGAUUAUUCCGAAACGAACGGUGGAACUUUUGUCGCUGAACACACACACACACACUACACACACACACACACACACUACACACUACACACACACACACACACUACACACUACACACACACACACACACUACACACACACACACACUCGCUCAUCUCCACUCUGACUGCUGAGCUGUGGAAUUCUAAUGCACAAAAUGAGGAUCAGUUCAUCGUAACCUGAACUUGACACCACACGCGUUUGCCUAUGCGCAGAACCCACACGGUUCCCCGUUCUCUGGAGGAGGGGGUCGAGGGUAGAUGAGGGGAUGUGAGGGGUGUAUGUGUGUGUGUGUAGUGUGUGUAGUUUGUGUGUGUGUGUUAUUUCUCUGGGCGAGGAGGUUGUGUUGUUUUGUCUCUGAGUUUAUAUCUUCACAUGUUCCUCACACCUGAAAUCUAAAAACCCCAGAGCACACUGACCUGCCACCCGCCACCCGUCACCCGCCACCAGAUCCCCCAGCCACAGUCCAGCAUCCGCACACUGCCCUCAUCAGAAAUCAGGAAUCAGACAAAUCAAUAAGAACAGCAGAGAACAGUCUAGAACAGUGUGAUCUGAGGAGCAGUACAGUUAUAGAGACAGUGAACACUAGAGAACAGUGUGAUCAGAAAUCAGUGCAGCUGACUGAACUGUCUGUGAGUAACAAGCUUCUAGAGCCGUGUGAAUAAGAAAGAAGCUUCUACAGUAGAGCUGCAGUAUAGAUGCAGUGAACGUUCUAGAGCAGGCUGAGUGGGGUGAACGUUUAAGAAUAUUCUAGAACAGUAUGAAUAAGGAGAACAUUCUACUACAGAGUAAAUCAGGAAGAAGGUUCUACACUAGAACAUUGUAGGUAGGAUGAACAGAAUCGACUAUUCUAGAGCAGGUUGAUUAUAGAACAGGAAUAUUAUAGAACAGUGUGAAUAAGAAAGAGGGUUCUUCAGUAGAACUGUGUUGGUAUGAUAAACAGAAGAAAACAUUGUAGAGUUGAUGAACGUUCAGGAAUAUUCUAGAACAAAAUGAAUAAGAAGAAUAUUCUAGAACAGUUUGAACAAAAAGAAAAUUCUAGAACACUGUAAAUAAGGAAAAAGGUUCUACAGUAGAACUGUGUUGGUAUGAUGAACAGAAAGUAACAUUGUAGAUUUGAUUGGGAUGAGCAUUCAGGAAUAUUCUAGAACAGAAUGAAUAAGAAGAAACAUUCUAGAGCAGUAUAACCAAAGAGAACAUUCUAGAACAGUAUGAAUAAGGAAGAAAGUUCUACAGUAGAGCUGUGUAGAUGUGAUGAACAGAAGGGAACGUUGUAGAGUUAACUGGGAUUAUUGUUUAAGAACGUUCUAGGACAGAGAAGGACAAUGGAGUAGAAUUGACCUGGAAUGAUGGUUAAUCUUCACCAGAAUUUACCACCACAUAAUCUCUCAACCAAUCAAUAACUGACUCUAAUUAAGACAUUAUUUAACAAUUUCUACAGUUAAACUAAUCUUUCACUUCAUUAGGAAAGGUUCUAGAACAGGUUGAUUGGGGGAGAA